AGGCAUCAGUUAAUGGCUUCGCACCACCCAGCGAAGUCCCAACCACUUUUGCAGGCUCCGUCGUUUCAGUAACUGGACUUGUUCCCAGCAGCAAGGACCAACAUGAAGUUCUUCGUUGGAAUACUAAUUGCGAACUUACUGAUUAUAAAGUGUGCGAACGUCGCCUCGGCUCGUAUUAUCAGGAGAACCACAACCACGACCACUGAAGCCUGUACGGAAACACCCCCAGAGUGUGGUUGCACGGAUACGACACCCACCUGUGCGCCGACGACCACAGAAUGUGUCACGACGACAAAGCCUCCCACCACGACCACUAGACCCUGUACCACUACAGCCUGCACCACUACAGCCUGCCCCACUACGAAGCCACCGUGUGGUUGCACGGAGACGACAUCUACCUGUGCGCCGACCACCACACUCUGCACCACCACCACAGAAUGUGUCACGACCACAAAGCCUCCCACCACGACCACUAGACCCUGCACCACUACAACUACUACGGCCUGCACCACUACGAAGCCACCGUGUGGUUGCACGGAGACGACAUCUACCUGUGCGCCGACCACCACACUCUGCACCACCACCACAGAAUGUGUCACGACCACAAAGCCUCCCACCACGACCACUAGACCCUGUACCACUACAACCACUACAGCCUGCACCACUACUACAUCUACCUGUGCGCCUGCCACCACACGUUGCACCACCACUAGAAAAUGCCCAACAACUAAAAAAUGCAGAACUACCACGAAAAAAAUCAGAAGCACCAAAAAAUGCAAAACCACCAAAAAAUCCAAAACCAUAAAAAGACGCAAAACCAUCCACAGAAGGACGACCACAAAGAAGCCGCAAAAAUGCAUCCCCACCCCAAAACCCUGUUGGUUGCCCAUCAAACUGCCCUGCCUCCAAACACCAAAGCCCUGCCCCACCACCCGCAAACCCAAGCGCAGAUGCAACUAGUGGGGGACCGGAAUCCCUGCGGCGCAAAGAUAUCGACAAGAUGAAGCUGACUGAAUGUCAGUAGGAGCGGUUAAAACGGAUUGUUAUUGUUUUUGUUUUGCUUAUAU